GUAAAGUCGGUAAGGUCAGUGCUUACGAGGAUGGAUUGCCAUUCCUUCGUACGCCGUGCAUGAAAUAAGGACGUUUCGGCAUUUGUUACCAUCGCCCCCCUACGAGCAUCGCAAGUGUAUUCCGCCGUCGUUAAGGGAUUGCGAACGUUCAAAGAGCACGUCAUGGAGGAAGUUCCACUGCACACUCUGCCAGGGCCAUCUUCAAAGAAGGUCUCCUUCCGAUAUGAAGGCACUGGGUUUGCCCACUAUCCCCAGAAGACCGACCCGGCGGACAUCCCUAAAACUCCGAGCCCGACUGAAACCGAGGCUCGCAUCGCACAGCCAUCAGCCCGCACCCGUCGUCACCGCAAAGCGCGAAAACUGCAACCACUCAGUAUACGCUGCCUCACCAAGGCAAAUAUCUGCUUCUGCGUAACGGUUCUCCUUGGCAUCUUGAUAUACCUACUUUAUGUGCAUUCUUUGACGGAUGUGCUGGCACCAGAGGAGACGUCAGCGCCGUGGGCUUACUGGCGAAUGCGCAAAAAUGACGGCGGCAUGCCCCGAAUCCUACUGUGGAACCGCGUCAUGAGGCCGCUGUCCUACGACCUCGAUCUGCCAGAUAUCAAGACGCGCUGGUCAUCCCACACCAUUCACUGCCUGUUCGAAGGAGCACGAUCAGGUGAGGCGGUGUGCGAAAUCACCGACAACCGAACACGCUUCGAGUGGAGCGACGCCGUCGUUUUCGAGGCAGAUCGGGUGAAUAUGUUGGACCUACCGCGCCGUAGCCCCAAGUUUCCGAUGUGGGUUCUGUGGGCGGUGACUCACGUUUCGCCCGAGAGCCAAACGCCGUUAAACUUUGGAGGCAUUGGCAGAUAUGGUGUCUUUCGUAGGGGCAUCCGCACGCGCUUCAACUGGACCAUGGGUCGCCGCGAGGAUGCUGACAUUGUAGUGCCGUACAAGUCGUGGCGCUGCAACGUUCUAGGAGACCCGACGGUGGCUAACACCGCAGAGGAUAACCGCAAUGCCCUAGGCCAUCCUACUCGAACUAAAGCGGUAGCGUGGAUUGCAAGUAGGUGCGAGACGGAGGCCUACCGACAAAUGCGGGCAAGGGACAGGUACCUGUCGCAGGACAAGUCGGACAAGUGGGGCUACACGCUCGUCGACAUAGAUGUGUUCGACAGGUGCGGAAAAGGAAGCUGCGCGACGACGCACGAUUGCGUGAGAACAAUCGCAGCCCGCUAUCACUUUAUCGUUGUCAGGAUAGAGCCUGACUGCUUCCAUAGCCCGUACGAGCUAAUCUAUGACGCCUUCGAAUACGACCUCGUUCCCGUCGUGUUGGCGCCACCAAACACGACCCUCAACGUUCCUCCUCAUUCCGUGGUGAGUUCAGCAGACAUUCAAAAGCCUGGUCAGCUGGCUGCGUUCUUAAGUUCCCUUAUGGACAACCCUUCCGAAUACGAGCGAUAUUUCGAGUGGAAGAAGCGCUGCUCCCUGAUCCCCAACCGUGAGGAUAUGUGUGCACUCUGCCAAGCCCUUUACGACAAGUUCGCCCGUGAGCAGGCGCACAUUAAUGCUUACGACUGGUGGACGGCGCGCGCUUUAUGCCAUGGUUAUUCACCGCCUUUGUAUGGUUUGGACUGGGCUUUCUUCAAAACAGGUGAACCGUGGCUAUAAUAGAAACAUCACUUGGCUGCGCACAAUACGUUCCCACACUUAUAAGCGUUUUCAAGACGCCGCGAAAAUAUUUUGUG